GAGUUAGUCGCAUACCGGGUCGCACGCUCAAUGAGCGGCACUGAUUUUCUCGUUAUUAUUGUGACGCAUUAUAAUAGCGACGAUUAGUUUAUUAUUGUCAUCAUCAUUUUUUUUUCAUGUAUAGAAUAUAACCCAAAUCAAUUAUAUUAACUAAUAAGUCGGAUAAUGUCGUGAUUAUUCGGGUCGGGAGGAUAAAAAAAAAACACUGAUUUUUCCGUAUGCGAAUGCACGAGUGCGUCGGGAAACAUGUUUGACUGUUUUUCGUAGUAUAGUGUGUGCCAUUAUUAGGACUAUAUAACAAAUUUUUGAUAUUAUUAUGUGUUUAUGUAUAUAAUGAGUUGUUCUGAAGUUAUGUACCAGGCGUAUUAUCCGUAUUUGUACCAGAGGGCGGGGGCUGCUCCCCCCGUUUCUGCCCAUCCGGUGCCCAGGACCGGACCCUUUAGUUCACCUUUCGGAGCCGCACAUCAAUAUGAUAGGUUUAACGUUCAACGACUCCAAGACGCUCAUACGCUGUCGUCCCAGGCGGCGUCGAGCGCCGCCGCCGCCGCCUCCAGCGCCGUCGCGACGGCGGCGUCGGUCGGCGCCGGAGGUGUCCUGGGGGACGCGCAUCCCCUCGCUGCCCACCACCACCACCCCAUUUACCUGCAGGGAUCCGCUCAUUCCAGUGGCGGAUCCGUUAGCAGUGCCGGGGGCGGAUCUCCUACUAGUCCCCUACGACCCGGUAAGGAGGAGGAGUGCAGUUUGCACGGUAGAAGUAGUACGGAUGAACGUCAACCUGGCGUGGAAGACGACGACGACUCCCAAGACGGGAGCAGUUCCAGGGCGCAGUACGUGUCGGCGAAUUGCGUCGUUUUCACGCAUUACCAGGGCGACGCCGCCUCCGUGGUGGACGAACAUUUCAACAGAGCUCUGGAUAAAACCACCCAUACAAAGGACAGUUCACCGAUGUCCACGCGAAACUUCCCUCCUUCGUUCUGGAACAGUCAGCACUACGGGGGAGCGGGGGGCGGAGGGCACCACGGCACCUCCGCCACCGACCUUUACUCCGACCACUACCAUCCGGGAGAUGCGUGGUACCAGUACAGUCAGCACCAUCGAGCGGUCCACGACUACCAUCACCACAAUAUGGCGGCCCAGUACGGCGGUCUGUUGCUUCCCGGAUCCAGGUUACACAUGAGCUCGCACGCUCCUUGUAAGGCGAUGGACUGGCAACAUCCCUCGAUCGAAUCGGCGUAUUCGUCGUAUCCUACCAUGUCGGGUUUGGAAGCGCAGGUCCAAGACUCCUCAAAGGACCUCUACUGGUUCUGAGCCCGGUUGCUAGCGUCAUCCCUCGCAACGUGAACUGUGUAUAGUUAAUUUUUAAGUGCAACAAGUGAUUUUUUGUAUAUAAAAAGUACUCUAACUCUAACGUGACGUUAAUUUAUAAAAAAACUCAUUUUCGCUGAACGAAGAAACAAACCCGACUUAUUACUACUACAUUGAUUGGUCUCGAAACGUUUAUUUUGAAUAAAUGUUCCUUAUGUUAUAUAUAUAUUUUUCUUUCUGUCAGAUAUUAUCGAUCAUUUAAAACAAUGACUGAAAGUCUGAUUGUAAGUAUUAAAGUUAUGAAUUACUUAUUGAUAA